CAGAUACAAGGAUCGUGGCACACACGCAAAUUCGUUCAUUAUACGAGCUAUAUCAUUUAGAUAUACCCAUAUUACCCCGAUCCUACCCCCAAAUGUCCGAUUCUAUCGACCGCGUGUUUGUACAGGCAAUAUCCACCAUCAGGACCUUGUCCACGAGAUCAGGCUACGGGUCCUUGCCGCGGCCGCCGGUGGAAAGCAGGGUCCAUUUGUACGGACUCUACAAGCAGGCCACAGAAGGUAAUGUGGAGGGUAUCAUGCCCAGACCGCGUGGGGGGACCCCCUCGGACCUCGCGGCGCAGCGCAAGUGGGACGCGUGGAAGGACGAGGCGAACCUCUCCAAAACUGAGGCUAAGCGCAGAUAUAUCUCCUUCUUAAUAGAGACCAUGAAGACAUACGCAUCGGGUACCCACGAGGCGCGCGAAUUGUUGGGCGAAUUGGAGUAUCUCUGGGACCAGAUCAAGGACAUCAUCCCGACACCUUCGCCGGAGAUCCCUACCGCGCGUGAUGGGCACUUCCGCGGCGGCAGUGAUUCAGCAUUUGGCGAUUUUUCUGCGUUCCACACCGGCCGUAACACUCCGAUGGCACAUGGCCAGCUCCAGAUGUCCGCCACGUCGCGCACGGGGUCAAUGUAUUACACGGGUGGGCGCUCUGAGACGUACCGCACAAAUCCUGUGCCACUCCUGCCAUCGCGCGCUUCCGAGCCGUCCACGGGGCCGCCUGCGGACGCGGCCAUGCAGAAGUGGCAGGAAGAAGUCUGCAGCGUGAUUAACCAGCUCUCGCGCGAGAUAUAUACCAACCGCCAGUACAACUCGAUCUACGGUCACAGUCGCGCACGCGAGCUGCCGAACGAGUUGGACCCGUACGCGGGCUUCACGCCACGCCAGGCUGCAGUGCUCAAGGCUGCGAAGGCCGCGCGCACGCUCGUGGGACCCUUUCUCCGCACAUUAACUGUCAACGCCGUGCUCUUUGUCAUUGGUGUGUGGAUCAUCAAACGCAGCGUCAGGAUUGUCAGUGCGCGCGACCCUGUAUCUGGGAAGGACCGUAAGAAGUUGGUAUUUCCUCUAAGUGCUGACGACUUCCAGAGCCAAGGCUUUCUUAACCGUGUGUUUUUGAAGAUUGUAUGGCGCGUGUUUGAGUUGGGAUUCGGCGUGAAGGGUAUCGCGAUUGAUGUUGUGUGAUAAUUCGAUGGUUUUUGAAGAGGAGUGUAGGACUGUAAGUGAAAAGAUGGGUUUUAAGGCAGAUUUUAGAGAUAUAGAGCGUGUUUCGGGCAGAAGUCAGGCAGCUAGACUAUCCUCGAAGGGGUUAAUGGGGAUCUUGAAUGUCAAUUCUAGUGCGGGAUAUUUCAGUUAUACAAGGGGUAAAUUUAUGUGGCAUCCGCCUGGUAUGCCUACGAUAACCAAUAACGCAGCUAGGUAAGGGUUUCUUUUCGUCUACGAGUUAGCGAUGGAUCCACGCUAGUAUAAAAGUUAAGAUAUCGCUACAUCUUGAGUAGCCAGUAGGGAUACCUUGGCUCAAAU